UUGAACGGCUCAAGUCAUUCCUACAGAGGGCUCAACAGAUAAAGAAAUCCCCAGAAGUGAUGGUCCAGGUGCUUUCCAGAAAAGACCAAGCCUUGUGUAUGGCUACAGGGUACUUCCCGAAGGGGGCGAUAUUGAGCUGGGUUAGAGAGGACAACCAGGAGCUAGUACCUGAACACAGACUGCUGAGGGAGGAGGAGGUCCCAAAUGGAGAUGGAACCUUCCAGAUUCGGCUGACGCUUCUCCUAAGUCCUAGUGAAGGACACAGUUAUUAUUUCUGCAGGAUUCAACACAGCAGCAUGGAUGAGCCAAAGAUAAAACGAUUGUCUCUAGAAGCCAGCAGGAUUGUGGGCCUUAAAAUUGGCUUGCCAAUUGGUUUGUCUGUUGCUCUCAUUAUUGCCAUGGCUAUUGUAUUGAGGAGGAAAUGUCAAACAAGGCAGUUUUCAAGACCUGACAUGCCACCAGACAGCACCGAACAGUCUCAGGGACAGCUUCUGUCCACGCGACUGUGAAAUCACCUUCAAAUCACGGUCCUCAC